AUGGCCAAAGUAGCAGAAGUGAAAGUGAUGAUCCCUGAAGGGUCACGAUACGAGCUUCUCCUCUCAUGUCCUUCUGGCCUCUCUCUAUCUCAGGUCUCCGUGGAUUUCUCAAAAUCGCAUGAUCGGAUUCCACAUUCCGAUCCUGGUCUCGAAGAUUCCAUUGCGCAGGUGAGAGAAUGGUUUCUGAUUCUGGAACUCAAUUCAAUAAUGCUUGAUCGAAUUGUUAAAAUCUCUAGUGAAAUGGCGAAGAUUCUAUCUCUUAUUUUACAAUGUGAACUCGCAAAUCUGAUCGGAUCUCACUUAUCAUUUCCCCUGAUGCUUGUUCUUGACAAUUUAGGUUUGGGAGCAGAGAACACAGGGGAAUUCAUCACUGUUCAAUGGCCAAAAAUUCAGAUUGGUGAUGGCGAUGAAGUGCCACAAGUCUGCCUUCGCCUUGGCCUGACAGAUUACAGGACUUUUGUAGGAACGAAUUUGAGUUCUCUGUGGGAAAGGUUUCUUGUAACAUCACAAGAUGAUGACUCUGUUAGAUGUCGACAUACCUCAAGUCCAUUGGGUAAUGGUGCAGUUCUCGAGACUUCUGACAAGAAGAUUAUCGUGUUACGCCGGAGUAACAAUGUCGGGGAGUUUCCAGGUCACUACGUUUUUCCUGGGGGCCAUCCAGAGCCAAUGUCAGUAGGAAUUGAUUCUCAUCAGCUUGAGAAAGAUGGUGAGGUUUUAAACAAGAAGGUUACUCAAGAAAUGUUUGAGAGCAUUACACGUGAAGUUGUCGAAGAAACUGGAAUACCUGCAUCAUCUCUUAGCCCUCCUCUCUUCAUUGGAAUAUCACGGAGGGAGUUGAAUGUGAGACCAGCUAUGUUUUUCUUCAUCAAGUGUAGUCACCAUUCAGAUGACAUUCAAAGAUUAUACCCUGAUGCUGAAGAUGGGUUUGAGUCAACACAGCUCCACACUGUCUCUAUGGACGAGCUUAAGACAAUGACAUCAAGAAUGCCAGGUUGCCACCAUGGUGGUUUUGCGCUCUACGAACUGAUGCUUCAACGUGUCCAAUGA